CAAGGCUCGCUUUUUCCAGCGCGGUUUUCCCUCGGGCUCCAGGCUCUCCCGCUGGUGCAGCCCCGGGUGGUUUGGGUGUGGAGCUUCGCCAGCCUCCACCCGCUCAGGAUCCGGCCCUGGAAGCUCGGGAGUUGCAGGCACAGUUGGAGCAGGGCUGUUCGUGGUGUCCCAUCUGUGCCCCCCUCUCCCGCCUCCGCCGAAGCCCGGCUCCUCGCCCGGAGGAAGGGUGCGCGUAGUGGGCAUCUCCCAUCCACCGAAAUCUAUGAUCAGCUCGGUGUGUGUCUCCUCCUACCGUGGACGCAAGUCUGGGAACAAACCACCCUCCAAAACAUGCCUGAAGGAAGAGAUGGGCAAAGGGGAAGAGUCGGACAAGAUCACCAUCAACGUAGGCGGCACUCGGCAUGAGACCUACAAAAGCACCCUGCGGACUUUGCCGGGCACCCGCCUGGCCUGGCUGGCUGACCCCGAUGCCCAGAGCAACUUUGACUUUGACGGCAAAAGCAACGAGUUCUUCUUCGACCGCCACCCCGGGAUCUUCUCCUACGUGCUCAACUACUACCGCACGGGCAAGCUGCACUGCCCCGCGGACAUCUGCGGGCCCCUCUUCGAGGAGGAGCUGACCUACUGGGGCAUCGAUGAGACGGACGUGGAGCCCUGCUGCUGGAUGACCUACCGCCAGCACCGCGACGCUGAAGAGGCCCUGGACAUCUUCGAGAGUCCCGAGCCCGGCGGAGGGGCCGGCGGAGAGGAGGCCGAAGAGGAAGGGGGUAGGGAGAUGGCCCUGCAGCGGCUGGGCAUGGAUGACCGGCCCCCAGGGGCGGCGGGCGCUGCUGGAGGGGGUGGCUGCUGCCGGAAUUGGCAGCCCAAGAUGUGGGCGCUCUUCGAGGAUCCCUACUCGUCCAAGGCGGCAAGGGUGGUGGCUUUCGCCUCGCUGUUCUUCAUCCUGGUCUCCAUCACCACCUUCUGCCUGGAGACGCACGAGGCCUUCAACAUCGACGUCAACGUGACGGAGACGCUGGUGGUUGGCAACACCACGACGGUGCUGCUGACGCACAAGGUGGAGACGGAGCCCAUCCUCACCUACAUCGAAGGGGUCUGCGUGCUCUGGUUCACCCUCGAGUUCCUGGUUCGCAUCAUCUGCUGCCCGGAUAAGCUUCUCUUCGUUAAAAACCUCCUCAACAUCAUUGACUUCGUGGCCAUCUUGCCCUUCUACCUGGAGGUGGGUCUCAGUGGCCUGUCCUCCAAAGCCGCCCGGGACGUGCUGGGUUUCCUGCGGGUGGUGCGCUUCGUCCGCAUCCUCCGCAUCUUCAAGCUGACGCGGCACUUUGUGGGUCUGCGGGUGCUGGGCCACACUCUCCGGGCCAGCACCAACGAAUUCCUGCUCCUCAUCAUCUUCCUCGCCUUGGGGGUCUUGAUUUUCGCCACCAUGAUCUACUACGCCGAGCGGAUCGGGGCCAAGACGUCCGACCCCACCGGCAGCGACCACACUCACUUUAAGAACAUCCCCAUCGGCUUCUGGUGGGCCGUGGUCACCAUGACCACGCUGGGCUACGGCGACAUGUACCCCAAAACCUGGUCGGGGAUGGUGGUGGGYGCCCUGUGYGCCCUGGCCGGGGUGCUGACCAUCGCCAUGCCCGUGCCSGUCAUCGUCAAUAACUUUGGGAUGUACUAUUCGCUGGCCAUGGCCAAGCAGAAGCUGCCAAAGAAGAAGAAGAAGCAUAUACCCCGUCCGGCCCCGCUGGACUCGCCCACCUACGGCAAAUCCGAGGAGAACUCGCCCCGGAACAGCACCCAGAGUGACACGUGCCCCUUGGCAGUGGAGGAGGGGGCGACUGAGAGGAAACGGUCAGACUCCAAGCAGAACGGCGAGGCCAACGUGGUGCUGUCGGACGAGGAGCAGCCGCUGUCCCCGACGGACGAGGAGAAGCGGCCGAUGCGGCGCUCCAGCACCCGGGACAAGAACAAGAAAUCCUCCACGUGCUUCCUGCUGGCCACGGGGGACUUCUCCUGUGCAGCGGAUGGAGGCAUCCAGAAAGAUUCCUGCCAGGACACCCUCGCGUCCAGUUACCCCCAGGGUGAGGUGGUCACCUUCUCCUGAGCCCCGCYGGAUGCAGGCAGCGCCCUGGUGAGGGAGGCUUCUCCAAGGGGGAGGGAUGCUCUCCCUGGGGCCGUGGGAUGCUCUUCCUGAAYGGUGCAUUCCCCCAGGGAUGCUCUCCCCAGAGCCCAGGGAUGCUUUCCCCAAGGCUGGGACAUGCAUUCCUCUAAGGAUGCUCUCCCUGGGGCCAAGGGAUGCUCUUCCCAAGGGAGAAGCUUUCCCCAAACCCAAGGGAUGCUCUUCCCAACGCCAAGGGAUGCCCUUCUCUAGGGAGAUGCCCUCCCCAAGGCUGAGGGAUGCUCUUCCCAAGGGAAUUGCUCUCCCCAAACCCAAGGGAUUGUCUCCCCAAKKCYGAGGGAUUCUCUCCCCAAGGCCAAGGGAUGCCCUUCUCGAGGGAGAUUCUCUCCCCAAACCCAAGGGAUUYUCUCCCCAAUGCUGAGGGAUUCUCUCCCCAACACCAAGGGAUGUUUUUCCCAAGGGAGAUGCUCUCCCCAGACCCAAGGGAUGCCCUCCCCAAAGCCCAGGGGUGCUCUCCCCAAGGUUGGGACGUACUUCCCCUGGGAUUCUCUCCCCAUGGGAUGCCUUCUCCAAGGGGGAGGGAUGUGCAUCCUGAAGGAUUCUUUCCCCAAGGCAGAGGGAUGYUCUCCCCAAACCCAAGGGAUUCUUUCCCCAAGGGAUGCCUUCUCCAAGGGGAAGGGAUGUGCUUUCUGAGGGAUGCUCUCCCCAAAUCCAAGGGUUGCUCUCCCCAAGGCUUGGGCAUGGACUCCCCCUGGGAUUCUCUCCCUAAAGCCAGGGAGGCUCUCCCCAAGGCCGAGGGAUGCUCUUCCCAAGGGAUGCCUUCACCGAGGGGGAGGGAUGUGCAUCCCUCUCCCCAAACCCAAGGGAUGCCCUC